AGACAUUAUAAAACAAAUCUGGUGGACACGAAAAUGGAUAACCUUGCAAGAGAGCUGAGAGGACAUUUCCAAGCAGAAAAAAAUGGCAUUCAGAGUUUGCUCACUUCAACCUCCAUUCUCUGAUUUGAACUGUUCUUCUUCUUCUCCUUCUUGUCAACGCGGAGGUGCUUUUCUGCCUCGUGCUUACACCCCAUCCCGCAGGCUCGCUCUCCUGCAUCUCACCACUGCUAUCACUCAGACUCAGCUAUUUGAUGCAAAAGCACUGCAAUCGCUCAAUGCUGAGAGGGAGGUAAUAGAGACUGGAACAGCUGGAGAUAUAGCACGUGCGAUGGUUGAGGAAAAUGUGUUGGAGUGGACCAAAAAGGACAAAAGAAGGAUGCUCCAUGUUGUCUAUCGUGUUGGGAAUUUAGACAAGACAAUAAAAUUCUACACAGAGUGUCUGGGCAUGAAGUUGCUGAGGAGACGUGACAUUCCAGAGGACAGAUAUUCAAAUGCUUUUCUUGGCUUUGGUCCUGAAGAAACAAAUUUUUCUAUGGAACUUACAUACAACUACGGAAUUGACAAGUAUGACAUUGGAACUGGUUUUGGACAUUUUGGUAUUGCAGUUGAGGACGUUGCAAGAACAGUUGACCUCAUAAAAGUUAAGGGAGGCAAGGUUACCCAAGAACCGGGCCCUGUCAAAACUGGAAGUGCUGCAAUUGCAUAUGUCGAAGAUCCCGAUGGCUACCCUAUUGAGCUUUUGGAGAGGAGUCCUACUCCCGAGCCCCUAUGUCAAGUAAUGCUCCGUGUAGGGGAUCUUGACCGUGCUGUUAAUUUCUAUAAGAAGGCUUAUGGCAUGGAACUUCUUCGUAAGAAAGAUAAACCUGAAAAUAAAUGUACUAUAGCCAUCAUGGGUUAUGGCCCUGAAGACAAAAAUGUAGUCGUGGAAUUGACAUAUAACUAUGGUGUUAAAGAAUACGAGAAAGGAAAUGGUUAUGCUCAGAUUGCAAUAGGCACAAAUGAUGUCUACAAGACUGCAGAAGUAAUAAAACUUUGUGGAGGGGAAAUUACACUUGAACCUGGACCCUUGCCUGGCAUCAAUACAAAGAUCACAGCUUGUGUUGAUCCGGAUGGUUGGAAAGCUGUAUUUGUUGAUAAUAGUGAUUUUCUGAAGGAACUAGAAUGAAAAUAUACAAGCCCUGUAAUAACUAAUAACAGUCAAGUCCUACUCUAAUUUUUUAAAGACACCUUUUACAAGAACAGUUUUUCAAAGAUCACCAAAGGAACGCGUGGCCAUGCCAGUUUUCAAUAUGUACUUCAUCGUUUCUUA